AGCACUGGUAGUGGUAAAUGAUGUAUAAAAGGAGUGAAUGCUGAGAUGUAACCACACAUAAAGAAAAGGAAUUCCCUGAUGGUGGGGCACAGCUGCUUUUACAAAGAAAGCAGGCCAGUGUUGAAGAUGAGAGGGAGUUCAGUCCCGCAAGGUGCUGAGCACUGCGGUUCCUGGCUGCAAUCCAGCAAAGCACUCAACUGUGGCUCAGAUGGAUUCAGGGCAGAUAAGUACUGCUCAGCAGAGGGCAUAAUCUCCCAUUACUGCGUGAUGUAUGCACUGAGAGUAGAAAAAGAUGGAAUAACCACUAGAGAGAAGAGCCAGUGACACGACGUAAUCUGAAAAACAUCAGCUAAGGGAAAAAAACCACUGAGGAGGUGCAUGACCACCAGAGCCCCUUUCUGAAAACUCCUGAAUCUUCUAGACACAAGUGGGUUGCCACCCCAAGGGUGGUCUUGGACUAACUUGGCUAUGUAAAGGUGAACACUCACAGUUACCUCUGUCGACCCACAAGCUACAGAUCAAGAAUCCAGACCCGAGAAAACACUGGAUCUGAGGAGUGGUGAACUCUGUCUAUUCACUGUCUGACACUGACGCAUGAGUGACCCUUGUUGAGCAGGGAGUGUCUUAUUUGAAGGAUUCCAAAGAUUUACUUUCCUUGCAACCCUCCAAGUGGGAUGAGACACAUGCACUGCAGGAUCUUCCUGGACUGUUUAUGCCUGUCAGUGUUGCUUUUUCAGCAAAUAUCAGGGUGGUUGAAGUCCUCCAGGAGAAUCAGUGCCUAUGAUUGUGAGGCUACUUCCAACUGUCUGUAGAAGGCCUCAUCUAUUUUCUUCUCCUGUUCAGGUGGCCUGUAGUAAACACCCACAACGCUGUCACCCAUACUAGCUUGACCCUUAAUUCUCACACACGAGCUCUCAAGUCAUUUGUCAUGCAUCUCGGCAGAGCUUGAUAUAUUCCAGUUGCUUAGAGAAACUCCAUCAGCUUGCCUCACCAGCCUGUCUUUCCUAAAAAGGACAUAGCUAUCCAUGACAGCAUUACAGUCAUGUGAGUUGUCCCAUCAUGUCUCCAUGAUCACAACGAGAUCGUGGCCCUGUGAAAUGCACACAGAUCUCUAGUUCUCCCUGUUUAUUACCCACACUGUGUGUACUGGUAUACAGACACUUUUGAGAAUAAAAGGGAGCAGAGAAUGCCAGUUUUCCUCCAGGGAUGCAAAAGAAUCCCCCAUAGCUAUACUCCUAAGACAUCUGGCCUUCAGCCUCAUCUCACAGGAAGCAACUAACAUUUGUCUCUCAUCUGAUUGGCCUGAUUUAUUCCCACAUCAGUUGCAAUGGCAUGAACAUUACCACUUUGGACCUCACCCCUGAAGUCCAUCAGUUUAAAGCCCACCUCACUAGGUUAGCCAGUUUGCUGCCAAAGAUUGAACCACCUCUUCUAAACAGGUGGAUUUCAACCCUCCCUAGCAGGUUAUAAUCUUCACAGAAAGUCCUACUGUCAUAAAAACCAAUGUCUUCUCUCCAGCAUCAGCCACUCAGCCAGAAGUUAUGCAUCAUAUGUCUAUUUCUGGCUUUCCUCUUUCCUCCAACUGGCAAAACUGAAGAAAAGAUAACUUGGGCUCCAGUGUUCUUCACUUGCACUGCCAGGGCUUUAUUGUCUUGUUUGAUUCUUCCCAUGUUAUUGUUUGAUUCUGAUCAUAUAUCUAUAGAUGAAAACAGGAUACAGACAAAAGUUUUGUCUAACAUCAAAUUACUGUUAUCGGGUUGCAAUAUAAGCAUUAUUUAUGUCUGUUGUACUGGUAUUAAAACACUAGUAAAACCAUUAAGUUAUAGUAUGGUACUAAUGAAAGCUAUGUCAGACUCUUAAUCUUAAGUAAACAUUGAAUAUUUUUUUUCUUGUUGUGAAAUAAAGAUUAAACAUUUUAAUUAGUCUAAUACAAAUAAUAUUAUGAAUGUUACUUUUAAGUACUCUAAGGAACAUAAAGAUUUGAGUUCGGGCCUAUGAUAAAUAUUACCAGUGAUCCUAAAAACAUUGGGCAACUGAAAUAAAUAGUGUCAUAUUUCUUUUCCAUUUUGGGAGGCAAGGUAUCUAGCCAAGGUCAAAAAAAGAAAAGCUUCUGCAUUUUGUACGAAACAGAAUUCAACUGUCUGUUUUGCAUCCUUACUGGAUUUAGCUUCCUGAAUCCCUAAGCCCUUUCCAAAGAUCAGAGUCACUGAAUAGCAAUGAUAAUUCCUUUUCCUAUCAGCCUCCUUCCCUGUGUGAAACCUCACAACCCUGCUGCUUGCAUGGGAGGUGGGAUAGCUCCUGAAGGCAGCAGCCCAACUGCUGUAUGAGCUGUUCUCCAUCUGGCUGGAAGUGAGCUGGCCAGCACCCAUGGCAUGGCUGACCUUGCUCCUGGGCUUCGCAUGUCUUCAUUUGACUAGGACUCUGUCAUGCUACUUGAGCAUUGCCUUCUCCUUCUCCUGAAUGCCAGAAAAGCUGGUCCUCUGCCUGGCUACUGAUCAAGCUGUGCAAGUCACAGUCUCUCCAUCUGGUUUAUUCUUGGAAAGACAAAUUAUCUGUUCUUAAUUUAGAAUGCAAAGUCUUUCCCAGCCUACUUACUGCAUCUACAGCAUAUUUAAUUUUGACUAAUUUUUCUGUAAUCUGGAAAGGAGGUCUGGAUGUUUUCUUCUCUCUCUCUCUCUCUUUUCUUUUUUUUUUUUUGUCCUGUCCUCCUUUUCUGUUUGCCAGGAACUAGCCGAAUGUUUCCAAGAUACUCAGAAAUUUUCACUCACAGAAUUGUUUUUCCAUCUUUAUGCAGCUUUCCUAUUUAUUCUCUGUUCCUUUGUAAAAAUAACCUUCUCCCACACCUCCAAGAAGUAACAGCUUAAGCUUUAUAUUUUUACUGUAUUUUUAUUGUCCUUUAGAUACAUCACUACCAACUACACACAUAUAUUCUUUGUUCUCUCUCAGUUGCAAAAAGCCCAACAACACACAUUAACAAGAACUAGUUCCACACAAACAUCUUAUAUCCUUGGUGCCAAAUUGUGAAACACAUAAUCGAUGAUUUAAACAGAUUCUGUGGAUACUUUUAUUUUACUAUAAAAUAAUACAAUGUGAGCAGGCUGAUUUUUCUUAGAUUUUAUUGUAGAAGUACUUGUUUGUUGGUGAACUGUGCCUCUGCCUCUUAGAGGGCAACACAGUUCCGUGCUGUUAUUCAUGUGAUACUCAUGUCAGAUUCUUCAGCUGUUCUGACUGGUGUAGACCAUACCAAUUGUGCUUUACUUCUGCCCAUCCUGUUCACAGAUCAAACAGGAGUAUUUUACAACCAGCAGUUGUUCAGUAUUAACUGACCUGUCUUUGCCUUUUAAAGGAAGGAUGAACUUAUACCAGCUAUGAAUCUGUGAGAGAUAGUGCCAUGUUAACAGUUAUGGUAGCAUUUAUUUAUUUAUUUAUUUUCCUCUAAAACAGAGCAAAACAAACAAACAAAAAUGUAGAAUUUGUUAUUGUUUAUAAACACAAUUUAGGAUUCUGAAGUUUAGCCCACAUAAACUGAUCUGCUGGUUGCCUUAGGAGUUCCACUGACUUCACUGCAGCUUCAAGCUGGUUUUUCGAUAGAACAUGCUGUUAAUAUUUACAUUUAUACACAAACAUAAAAAGAAGACUGUCAGUGUUGAUACUGUUAUGAGAAUUGCAGCAAAAUAAAUAACAUUGUAAGCCCAACUUCAGAUACUUUACAGAAGACAGAGUGAUUAUUUCAUCUGAAGUAAUUCAUUUGGCCCUCUUGCUUUAUUUUUGGGAGUAUGGGCAGGUGGAAUGCUCUGAAUUCUGCUUUUACUUAUUUACUCCUAAAUUCAAAAACAAGCAAACAAAAAAACAACAACAGACAAAAACAAACAAACAAACAAAAACCACACAUCAAAACAAGAUAUUCUUUUAGUUUGUGAUAGGUUUGAAUAUGGUGAAAACAAUUAUCAUCAUCAACAGCAACAACAAAAAUAAGCUAGGAUUAAUUUAAGGACAGUUCAGGUUAAAUUGUUGUCCAAGGAAUAGAAGUGUGAAAUUUGUAUUGACUUCUCUUAUGUCUACCGUUGAAUCUGAAUGCAAAACACGUGUUGCAAAAUAUUUCUUUUUUUUCCCAACUGCCCCCUUCCUGAAUUAAAGCAACAGAAAGAAAGAGGGAGAAAUUUCUACCCCCCUCCAACUAAAAAAAGGCACAUCAAAGGAAGCAUGGUUAUUUUAGUUUCUUUUUUGCUGGGAGAAAGACUUUUACUCAGGCUAUAAUUGAAAAUUCUAGCUUUCAUUCCAGAAAAAAGAGAUCUCUAAGAAAAAUUGUGUUAUUUUCCCCUCUCCCAUACCUAGAAAGCCAAAGAAAUUUAGAGUUUAUAGGUGGUCCUCAGAGAUUAGAGUAAAGGCACUUUGUCUUGUGCAAGCUUCAUAGUUCCCAUGGACAAAAAGAAAAUAUUUUGUCCUUUUGCUUUUUUCUUCCCAUGCAGCUCUGCUUGGCAGCAGGGAUGACAGUUGGAUCUUUUCCUCACACAGUGGCUCACCUCAAAGGCUUUUCUCUUUACACAAUUGUCUUUCAAGCCAUCAAUUUCAAACCUAUGAUUUAUCCUUAGCUGGUAAAACAUAGGAUAAAGCACUGACAUUUUCAGAUUCUUCAGACAGGAAAUUCUUUGUUUUAUUUUUUGUUGUUUUAUUUAAUGUCAUACAUUUUUGAGUGAAAAUGUCACGGGGAUUAAUUAAAAAAAAAUAAAACACAAACAUGAAAACAACAACACUUUGACAUUUCUGAAACUGGAAUAUUUAAUUUAGUUUUGUAGAACAAACCCAGCAGGGUUAUUUUUCAGCCACUGAAAUGUAUAUACAAAUGUGUUUUCCAAAUUAGGUUGAACUGACCAAUUCUCAAACUAAUGUCUAUAUCAGUUCUUAUCCCAACAAAUUAUAAUGGAUCAGAACAAUAGGUUAAUCAAUCAUAGCUAUAGAUUUUGUCUCCAUACUAUUCCUUCAUGAACCAGUGGUUAACAUUUGUAAUAUUUUUUCUCCCUUCAUGUUGUUUAUUUUUUCUACAUGUGAAUGAGUAUAAAAACACUUAUCUACAUAUCUACCCACAUCCUGCAGAGAUAGAACAGUUUUUUUUUUUUUUUUUUAACUCUUGUAGUGGGCUGUCCACAUGUGUGAAAAAAUGUAUGAGGGCUACACAGUUAACCACAUGGGAAAAAUACACAUCUUAUUGUUCUUCUCUGUAUCUUAUAAUAAUUUAUGACUGAAUUCUGACCCGCAGUCUGUAUGAUGUUUUGCUAAACAUCUACCUCUCUCUAGAUCUGUGGAAAAAGUUUAUUUCCAGGAGCUCUAUGUUAACUUAUUCAUUUAUUUGGAUAAAUUAAUGUUCACUCAACUUUUUCCAAACCUCCAGGAAUAUUUUUCUGUGGUGAUCACAAAGCUCAUCACAUGUUCCCUCCCAAGUGGGCUGUCCAUUUGUUCUGAUUGCAUUGCUAAUUCUGCUGGCAGCGAGCAACAGAUCUUCUUAGUGGAGUGAGAUGAUGUUAAGCUUUUAACAUACCUUAGAUGGAAACUGUGUCAGCAGCCAAAGUGAUGCUGGUUGCUGAAAGCUGCCAUAUUGCUGAUUCUUCUUUGCGGGAAACAAUAUGGUAUAUGAGGCCGGAAAAAAAAAAACUAACAGGGUAAACGUUUUCAUCAGUUUGUGACAGUCAAAAUUAUAUCCCUUCAAUGUUAAUAUAAAAAAGCUUAUUGCAAACAGGUGCAUAGACAAAGAAGAGACUGUUUAUCAUAUGAGAAUGCUACUUUGUGUGUAUGCAUGAGUUUUUCUCUUGGUUGAGAAAUGUUUUUUUCAUAAUUUUUGGAAUUUGCGUUCUUGUAUGCCUUUCUUAAGGUGCAGACUACAUAGUUCAUUUCUUUUGCCCUUACUGCUGCACACUAACUGUACCCUGCUAAAAGUCUCCUUCUCUAUGCUGUCUAAUUUGCCUCAUAAUCUCUUCAGCAAACACUUCUAUUUUGCUUUCUUUCUUACUGCUCUAUUCCAUUCCCUUCAGAUGGCACACCUCACACUGCACCCUGUGAAAAGACAGCAUGCUCAGCAAAUGAACAUACCUUGUUUAACAACUGUCAGCAAUGCUUUUAUCCUUUUCUUUCACCUAUUUCUACUUAAUCCUGCUCUGGAGAAUGAAAUGUCACCUAUUCUGCAACGCUAGUAAGUCAGUGAGACUAAUGUACUACAUAUGCUGAAGAAUCACAUUUUCCUAUAUACUGUCUUUUGUGUUCUGGCCAUGACUUCUGAAUGUCUGAGCAAGAUAUGCAGAGCUGAACUUAUUUUCCUGUCUUUUUAGAAAUAAUUAUGAAAAAUUGUGAUAAAUAAUCAUAUAAAAGUUUCUCAAUUUGCACAUAGGCAUAGAUGCUAAAGCUUCUUAGUCUGAGUGAGGAAGAAGAAAGGAGAAGUAAUUCCUGAAGUCACAAACAGCAUAAAGGAAAACUCCAAAACUGUGUUGAAAUGUUGUUUGUUCUUGCUUGUUUUUAUUUACUUAGAUAGUUUUAUUAUUAGCAGGAUACAUUAAGUCUGGAAAAACAUGAUGGCUUUGUUUUAACUUUUUAGAUUUCUCAGAAAGUGUCUUAGCCAAGAGUAAUACUUGUAUAGCACUAGAAUUAUCUUACCAUAAACCUAUCUACCAUAAUCAUUGCAGCAGUGUUACUGUAAUCCACAUCUCUUGUGUAGUCCCAAAAUGUCCUUAAUGUAUUUUUGAGAGUGCAAGGAGAGUACAGUAAGUAUAUGAACUGUUGUUCAAAAUUUCCUGAAUUUAUUUAACACAAAAUUUCAUUUAAAUGAAAGAAAUAUAUUCCUAUUGAACAAUGUUUUUAUUUUUUUUUAAUCAUGUUUAUACCAUUUCCUUAUCUUUUUCAGGUGGUUAAAAAAAAAAAAACAAAAACAAUAAACAACUCUAGGUAAUAGAAAAACAUAUUUUAUAGACAAUUGCAAGAAAAGCUAUCAAAAUACAUAAGAAAACACAUUCAACUACAAGUUGAGCAUUGUUGUUUUUGUUUCCUAUCAUUGUUGAGAUUUUAUGAUUCUUGAAACUAAAUUGUUUAGGGGAAAAUAAAAAGGCUGGACUGAAAAAAAAAAAAAAAAAAGGAUUUCAGAAACUCUCUUCUUUCACUAACUUUUUGACUACUCUAAAUUGAUCACUUGUUUCCCUGACUAAUCUCUAAACAGAGGGCAUAUCCCUUUCACUUGCAAAAGACUCUCACACAAAAUGAAUUACCUUUCCACCACCUUGGUUACUUGCCAGGGAGUACUUUAUUUUUCCACUAGGAAAAAAAAAAUCAGCUUGUAUUUUGCUUGCUAGAGCCUUCUGCAUUUUAAUUCUGAACUCUGAAUGAACAUCAGAGAGGCCUUAUGAUGUUUUGCACAAAAGUGCCUGUGUUCAUAGUUUUACUCAGGGCACCCAAAAUAGCACGCAGUAUGCAGUGUCGUACUGUGAGUUUUCAAAAAUAAAAGCAGGAGUGACUUACCCUGGCAGGAAGCUGUAACGCCGAAAGCUUUUCAAGGAUCUGUGAAGUUAAAAAGAACUUCUUACUUCUCCUCAUCAGUUGUUUAAUUUGACUUUAACGAUACUCACUUCUCCAAACCUUGAAGGCCCUGAGGUUACACAGUGACCUUACCAAUUAAGGGAAAACAAGAGAGAAGCGAUGGAUAGGAGAAGACAGAAGAAUGCAAAGGAAUAGUGAGGCAAUACUUGUGACUGUGACAGGAAUCAAUCUCAGCAUGGAGCUACCUUAAAAACUGUGACCACUUUUUUCCAAAUGAAAAUUGUUUGAAAAGAGGUUUCAGCAUGAAUUGCUCCACUUUCCUCUCUCUUGUGCUGGCACUGGUUCAACUUCAACUUUGUUCUCCAACCACACAGAUCUUCAGUGCUCAAAAGACAGAUCAGUCUUACACAACAAUUCGAAGAGUGAAGCGUGGCUGGGUAUGGGAGCCACUUUUUGUAACUGAGGAAGAGACCUCAACGAUGCCUAUGUAUGUUGGACAGCUGAAAUCAGAUUUAGACAAGGAGGAUGGCAGCCUACAAUAUAUUUUGACUGGGGAGGGAGCUGACAGCAUUUUUUUCAUCAAUGAACAUGGCAAAAUUUACGUGAGGCAAAAGCUGGAUAGAGAAAAGAAAUCCUUCUACAUUCUAAGAGCCCAAGUAAUUAAUAGGAAAACUCGUCAUCCUAUUGAACCUGAUUCAGAAUUUAUUAUCAAAGUUCGAGAUAUCAAUGACCAUGAACCACAAUUCUUAGAUGGACCUUAUGUGGCUACUGUUCCAGAGAUGUCACCUGAAGGUACUUCUGUUACACAGGUAACAGCUACAGAUGGUGAUGAUCCUUCCUAUGGGAAUAAUGCCCGGCUGCUUUACAGUCUCAUUCAGGGUCAGCCUUAUUUCUCUGUGGAGCCAAAGACAGGAGUCAUCAGAAUGACUUCCCAAAUGGACAGAGAAACAAAAGAUCAGUAUUUGGUUGUCAUUCAAGCCAAAGAUAUGGUUGGACAAGCAGGAGCAUUUUCAGCAACGGCCACUGUUACCAUCAACCUCUCUGACGUCAAUGACAAUCCACCUAAAUUUCAGCAGAGACUCUACUAUUUGAAUGUCUCCGAGGAAGCUCCUGUGGGCACAACUGUAGGCAGACUCUUGGCAGAAGACAGCGACAUAGGGGAGAAUGCAGCCAUGAACUAUUUCAUUGAAGAAGAUAGUUCAGAUGUUUUUGGCAUCAUUACUGACAGGGAGACUCAGGAAGGAAUUAUCAUACUAAAGAAGAGAGUGGAUUAUGAGAGCAAGAGAAAACAUAGUGUUAGAGUAAAAGCUGUAAACAGGUACAUUGAUGAUCGUUUCCUUAAAGAAGGACCAUUUGAAGACAUAACUAUUGUACAAAUCAGUGUGGUAGAUGCUGAUGAACCUCCAGUUUUCACCUUGGAGAGCUACGUGAUGGAGAUUGCUGAAGGAGUUGUAAGUGGCUCAUUGGUAGGAACUGUAUCCGCAAGAGAUCUGGACAAUGAUGACAGCUCAGUCAGGUAUUCUAUUGUCCAAGGCUUGCAUUUAAAGAGAUUGUUCAGCAUCAAUGAACACAAUGGAACAAUCAUUACAACUGAACCUCUGGACCGAGAGAAAGCUUCUUGGCACAACAUAACUGUUACAGCCACAGAAACUAGAAAUCCUGAAAAAAUUUCAGAAGCAAAUGUAUAUAUCCAAGUUCUUGAUGUAAAUGACCAUGCACCAGAAUUCUCUAAAUAUUAUGAAACAUUUGUUUGUGAAAAUGCAGUACCUGGUCAGCUAAUUCAAAACAUCAGUGCAGUGGAUAAAGAUGAUUCAGCAGAAAAUCACCGAUUUUACUUCUCAUUGGCUCAGGCCACAAACAGCUCACAUUUUACUGUCAAAGAUAAUCAAGAUAACACAGCUGGAAUUUUCACAGCAGGAAGUGGCUUCAGUAGAAAAGAGCAGUUUUAUUUCUUCUUGCCAAUCUUAAUUCUGGAUAAUGGAUCUCCACCACUUACAAGCACAAAUACACUCACUGUCACUGUCUGUGACUGUGAUACUGAAGUGAACACCUUAUACUGUCGAUAUGGAGCUUUCCUGUAUUCCAUAGGCCUCAGCACAGAAGCUUUAGUUGCUGUUUUGGCUUGCCUACUAAUACUCCUGGUGUUCUUUUUGGCGAUUAUAGGCAUAAGACAGCAGAGGAAGAAGACUCUCUUUUCAGAGAAAGUGGAAGAAUUCAGAGAGAACAUUGUCAGAUAUGAUGAUGAAGGAGGUGGUGAGGAGGACACAGAAGCUUUUGAUAUUUCAGCACUGAGGACACGCGCUGUCUUGAGAACACACAAACCUCGAAAGAAAAUCACCACAGAAAUCCACAGCCUCUACAGACAGUCUCUGCAGGUUGGUCCUGACAGUGCUAUUUUCAGGCAAUUCAUUUCAGAAAAGCUUGAAGAAGCCAAUACAGACCCGAGUGUUCCUCCAUAUGACUCACUUCAGACAUAUGCUUUUGAGGGGACUGGCUCUUUGGCAGGAUCUCUCAGCUCCUUAGGCUCAAAUACAUCAGAUGUGGAUCAAAAUUAUGAAUACCUUGUAGGCUGGGGACCUCCAUUUAAACAGCUUGCAGGCAUGUACACUUCCCAAAGGAGUACUAGAGAUUAGUUAUUCGUUGAUCAUUUGCUUUUUUCCAUAAAUGUUCAGCAAUCAAAAUCAACUCAGUUUUUAAAAAGAAAGUCAUACCACAUCCAAGCACAGAAAUAAAGACCUAAGUAUUGGAUGUGGAGAUUUUCUAAAAAAUCAUACCAGACCUAUCAUUAGUUGAGAGAAUGGGCAUUCUGCAUUUGAAAAAAAAAAAAAAAAAAAAAGAAAAAAAAAAAAAGUAAACUAAGAUUAUGCUGCUUUGGAUAUCAAAACCCCCAUUCUGGGCACAGAAAAGCUGGGUCUUGCAAGUACAGAAGGAGGAAUAUAAGCCAUAAAUGGUUAUUGUAAAUAUUCUGUCAUACACAAGCUUUAAACUGUUUCCAAAGUUGACAGAAUUUUGCUCUCGCAGUUGAAUAUAUUCAUUAAGCAAAGUUAAUUAUUCAUAUUUGUAUAAUGCUUCAUUAUAUAAAUACACUUCUGCGACAAAGUAGAAUGUCAGAAGUACUUAAUAAUCUAUUUAUUUAUUGUAAGAUGAUAAAACUAAAAUAAAUCUCCUUUCCUAUAAAUGUAAAAAUAAAUACCUGUUACAACACCAGCAUACUAAUUUCUAUAAUGAAACUAUUGGGAAAUACAUAAAACCAAUACUUAUUUUAGCAAAUAGGAUAGGAAAAAAAAGAGAAAUUAGUUCAAGUUAGAAUCAAUAUUCAACAUAAAUACUGCAAUUGACCAUGUUAUAUUACUGUACUUAUAACAAAAUAUUAUCCAAGCAUAAGUAUUUAUCUUUAAGAGUUUAAAUAUGACUGAUAUACCAGCAUAGAUCUAUUUUGUUUUUAUUAUGGAAUACAAAAUUAUCUGAAGUAAUCGAUUUUACUAUAACAGUAUUAUGGAUCUUUAAAAUUCUAAGCUGAUGGUUGUAAAACUUUAUAUAUAACAUUGGAUAAUAAGAUAGUAAAAUGUUUUAAUGUUGAUCCAUUUGUUCUGAAAAUGAUCCUGUGUCAUUCUAUUGGACUCAAAUAAAACUUCAAAAUUAAUUUCCCAUUGUGUUUUUUACAAAUAGUCUACAGUUAAUACAAAGAUAUCUCAGACGAUUUCUAUACUCUUACAUACAUAGCUAGUCAACAUCAGUUUUGGAUCUAGGAGUCAUCAAAUAAUCAAAUAUAUUCAAAAUGAUCUGUCUGGAAAAAGGGACCCACUUGUUUUUUAUUUAUUUCACUUCCAUUAGCUGCUUAUUUGACAGAUUUUUAAUCAACGUUUUUCUCCUACGACAUUCUUUUUAAGCUCUUUCAUAAAAAUUACUUUUGAAUUAGAAAAAGCGAUGUAAAUCUUAUGAAAGAAUGAAAAAAAUGCACAUAACAUAUAAUUUCUGCAGUGUUUUCUACAAUUGCUAUUCACCACGGAAAAAUAAGAUAUAGGUUAAGUGGAAAUGUGGCAGCAUAGAGUUCAAAUUAAUGUCAGCUAAAAAUAAAAUGUGGAGGAGUCUGAAAAUCAGGAGAGAGACACAGUGCGAAGUCUGGGAAGAGCAGAGAAACUAUUAAUGAUUCUAGUUACCAGAAAAUAUUGGAGGAUCAUAAAAACAGGUGCACAUAAGCAGCAAAGAGAAAGAGAGUGCCCUUAUUGUUCGGGGAUGGUGAGAACUACAUUUUUAGUAUUAGGUUUAUGGAUUUACACAGAUUUUACCCUAAAAAAAUCCACAGAUGGCCACAGAGGCCUUAAUAGAAUUCCUCAUACUUGCAUGUUGCAUUUAGUGCAAAUAGGAUGAAAGUGUCUGAUCCUUUCUCAAUCCAGAUAGUUUCUCUGGAUGGGGGAAGUAGCUUUGAAUACCUAAUCAUGUUUCCUCUGACAUUAAGAUUUCCUCUGUUGACUGUAAUGAACGGUAAUGAUAGACAAUUUUUGUUAACAGUGCAUACUGUUGUCAAAUCUAGCGACUGCUAUAUGAAAGACAACAAUGACCUACAAUAGCUCUUAAAUGAUCAUUACCCAAAAAGCCCUAGGAUUGCAUUCAUACAACAGGAAAACUGUAUUUGGCUCUGAAGUAAGAAAAUAUUCUUAGUUGCUACUGGCCCACAUCUUGUCAAGUUCCUGAUAUUCUAAGUCAAACCUGUUGAUUUCUUUCCACAAGUGAGGAAAGAAUAAUUGGACUGACCAUGUAACUUCAGAUUUCAUUUGAUAUUUUGUACUUAAUUUCGAGGAAAAAAAAAUAUCUGCAGAAAAGUUUUAUUGAAGUCUCUGUUUACUUAAAGGAAAUGAAAAAAUUGAGAGAUUCCAACAAUUAAUAGUAUGAAAUUAAUAAAGGAUAAGUUAUAAUCUGAAGUAUUUGGUGAGAUCUAUUAAACUCUGUAAUGAUGUUCCUAAGGGAAUCUUCAGUUACCUUUUAAAAUUCACCAGUAACUAAAAGUAGCCACGCUAUGGGCUGAAGUGAAGAGUGAAAAUGUGGUAACAAAAGAUAAAUAUAUAUUCAGCUGCUCUUGACCUGCCUGAGCGAAUGUAAAGAAGUGUUAUCUGGUCAAAGGAGAAGAUCAUACGAACUGUUUUCUAUAUGAAUACUCUGGAACGAUUUUGCUGUUUUUUUGUUUUGUUUUGUUUUGUUUGCUUGUUUGUUUGUUUGUUUGUUUGUUUUCUUUGUUCUCUGUAACAGGUUAAGAACUGGUGAAAUACAUGACUAAACAUAAUCUUGCUUUUUUUCAGACCUCAUCUGUAGGAAUUUAAUUCUGUGUUAUUAGUUUUAUUAUUUAAAGCAAAUGAAAUCUAUGCAUAUUUUAAUAAAUAAUGCUCAUCUGUUUGAAGAUAAGAAAGAAACAAAAAUCACUUGAUAGCAGAUUAAAGUUUUGUACUCAUUAUUGUGUCUCAAAAGGGGGGGGGGGGGGGGGCAGAAGGGGCUUCUUGGUUCAUCCAAAAUAAAAUGGCUUCAUUUAAUUUUCAUUUUGUGUAUCAGGAUGCAGGGUUUUUUUUGUUUUUUUUUUUUUUAAUUGUAACACUGAAAAGCUUUCCUGCUUGCCACACAAAACUAUCUCAGUCUUUAGUUCCCAUAAUUUUUUAUAGUCUUUUUUUCACAGAUGCUGUUAUUACAUUUCUUGAUUUGCUUUUAAAAUUAACACUGGAAAUAUGGUUAGCGCUCAUUCUUAACUGUAGGGGGUAACCCUGUCUGAUGAGAGUAAAAUAUUUUUGACAAGACAGUAUGAAUUUUAUGUUUAAAGUCAGAUAUAAUGUAUGCUCUCUUAGGGGCAGAAGUUGAAGGAGAUUAUGUGAUUUCACAUGCUGGCAGAGGAUAUAUUUACCCUUGAUCCAGAAUAUAAACAAACAUAAAAGAAAUAAUAUGAAAAAUGUCAGUAGCUACUCACAAAGCUUCUCUACCAUAAAUUUAUGAAGUAAAAAUAGAUAAAUAUUUUGAAAAAGUUGAUGCUCCAAAACUGCAAAAUGAUUGCAGCAUCCUUCCUUAUGGGAACAGCUUAUGCAUAGUAAACUUUACACACUGAAGAACUCCUGUGAACACAUCUCUAUCAUAUCACUAAGGACCUUAAUCCAUGAUAAAUCACUCGCAAAGCUUUGUCUACUUUCCCCAAACUGAUGGUUAUAUAAGGUUCUUUCUUUGUCUUCUUGCCUUUCUAUAUGGCUGGGAUUAUUUUUAGCAACCCAAUAAAUAUUUUUCUUUGACAAUACUGCCUGUCAGCCUUAAAUGAUUAAUAUUGCUUUAUAGUAUUCUCCUAAAUGCUAAAUAUUUCCAAGUAAGCUCCUAGUGGAGAUAGCUAUUUCACAAUUGCACACUUCAGGAAAUGCAGGGAAAGAGAAAAGAAUUCAAGGCCAAAAGAGGUCAACCGAUUCAUGUACCUGAUCAUCUCCCAAGCUGGAAACUAGGUGUAAAUUCUGAAAUAUUCCCUUCAGCCCUCUGCCCAUGCCCCAGUACAUGUAUUAGGUUAUUUUUUGUUGUUGGUAUUUGUUUGUUUGUUUGUUUGUUUUUCAGCUCUACUUGUGCUUCUUUUUGAUGUAUAUGAAUAAUAAUUUAAAAUAAAAUGCUCUGAACACUUGA